CAGCUGAAAAACAUCAUUGGCUUCACAGUUCUAUGGAAACAGGAUCUAGGAGAAAACUGUCCGCUACAAAAUGGCCUCAGAAAACACUCGGAUUCCUCUUCAGGUGCAACAAAUUUAUCUGUUCUGUGAUCUCUAGAGCUUGACGCUAUUCAAUGGCUGUAGAAGAAGUUGUUUUGGAGGGAGACAUUGCAAAGGAGGAUGCCUUGAAAUUAUUACAGCAGCAUGGCAGUGCGGACAAGCUUACCCUGUCAAACUGUAGAAAGCUAACAACUACUGACAUUCAAGCACUUAUUGAGGCCAUCAACUCUGGAUUGAAUUCUGUUACCAUAAAAAACUGCAACAUUAUUGAUGACGACACUCUUGAAAAACUGGCAGCCUGUUGCCCAAAGCUAACUGAUGUGACACUAAAUGGCAAAUUCAAAAAGCUCACAGAAAGAGGAACUAUUAAUUUUGCAAAAAGUUGCCAAGAAUUGAAACUGUUCUCAGUGGUUUUGAGUGAAACAGAUGAAAGUGAAGAACAAGAAGGUGACGAAGAAGUAGAAUGGGGUUUGACAGACAAUUUUUUAUCUGGAUUAUCAGAAAAUACUUGUCCCACUCUAGAGCAUUUUGGUUUCUCAGGUUUUACUGGUGUAACUGCAAAUGGACUACUUGGGUUUUUAUGGAAAGUAUCACCAACACUGGCUUCACUGGAUUGUAGUGAGGUGCCGAUAAUUACCGACACAGAAUGCAGAGAAAUUGCUGGGAUUUGUCCUGGAUUGACCAGCAUAAAUUUUAGCUAUUGUAAUAUAACUGACAAAGGAGUUGAAGAAUUAUGCUUAAAAUGUCAUUUAUUAAAUCACAUAGACUUUUGUGGCUGUAAUGAAUUGACAGACAAUGCUGUAAAAUCAAUUGCAACUCACUGUAAAAAAAUAACAAAUUUGAAGCUUGGCUGGUGCCUCAAGAUUACAGAGACAUCACUUGAGGCUUUGGCAAAUGAAUGUUUGAGUCUUGGCCAUGUGGACAUUCGGCACUGCUCAGUAAAGCACAUCCCAUUUGACUUUAUAAAAAUUGAAUCCCUAUCCAGUCUUCAAGUGGAUGGUUGUACAGGUCUUAAAUGUCCUCCUCUUAAUAUUGCUAUGAAAGGUGUUAAACCUGCCAGGGAGUUCCUUGAAGAGUGCGACCUUCACCACAUGUGUAGAGUUGCUUUUGUUGGCAGUGAGGGCAGUGGAAAAAGUAGCUUAUCAAUGUGCGUACAAAGCUCAUCUAUGUCUGUCGCAGAUGUCGCAACAGAAGGUGUUCAUGUCACCUUGUGGAAACCAUUCCAUAAAUCAAAUGAUGAAUGUCGGGUUGACAAGAGCACCUUAAGUGUUCCUGUUGAUGACAAGUGGGAUAAUUUGACAGUUGAGCUAUGGGACAGUGGCGGCAGACAGUGCCUGUUUGGUCUGCAGCCUCUGUUCCUUACAGAUCAAACUCUGUAUGUCAUGACCUUCAAUGUUAACAACCCCAUGGAGAUCAAGCUUAUGCCAAACUGGUUCUUCUUGGUACAAACCAAGGCUCCUGGCUCACCCGUCAUUCUUGUUGGCACUAAUGCUGAUGACCACCAGGAAGACUAUACCCCAAUUGGUAACAAGGUAUUGAAGGCUGUCCAGGAAGCAGAAGAGGAGCAUUGCCAGGAAAUCCAGACAGAACUGAACUUGCUAAGGGAGAAGAAGGAGGAUGCAUGUGUACAGGCGAGAAUAACUAAACUGGAAUCUAUCAUUAACUGUCGUCCAAAGCUUCCUGAACGAGUGCUGUUUGUAAGCUCCAUCAAAGGAUUGGGUAUAACCGAGAUCCAGAAUGAGAUUUUCCGCAUGCUGCUUGACGCCUCUCUCUUCCCGCAUCUCCUCCACAAGGUCGAUAUCCACAUCACCUACCUGCACGCCGAGAUACUCAAGCUCAGGGAAGACAAGGUGGUGGUCAUCCCCUGGGACAACUACCUCAGCAUCGCGUCAGAGGCUGGACUGACGGACAAGGCGGACGUGGAUGCCGCUACGGAGUUACUCGAGUGCAGGGGAUGCAUCGUCGUGUUGAAGAUCCCCGCCAGUACACAAGACCACGGACCCACUCGCACCGUCUGCGUCAACCCUGGCGUGUUGUUCAACUGCCUCGCGUGUAUGCACAACGAAACAGACCCCCGCGAGUUCGUGCCUCGGUUCAUCAAGGCCGGGUUCGUGGACCGAUACUGGCCUACUAAUACCAAGCCCAAUGACUGGACGCUCAGGUCUGCUGUGGAUGAUAUUGUCUCCAAGGGACUAAUCAGGGAAGCUGUGAUACCACUAUGUUUUCAGGCCGUGCACUUGAGCGAAGACGAGAUUUGUAAGAUCAUCACGCUAUGCCGUAAUAUUGGCGUACUUGUCGAGGGCGCGCCCAAAGGCAGCUAUGAAGUCGAGCUAAUCCUGGCUUACUACAAGAACCUGUCGGUGUUCAAGAGAUACUUCAUACCGUUACAGCACAAACUUCCUCCCGACUCCGAGUCUCCAAAUGUGUGGCCCAAAGCCGUCCCAGAAGGCCACAUACAGGUGGGCUGGCGGUUCAAGUUCCCUGAUGAGGUCUCUGCUGAGUGCUCGACUCUAGUGAUCGCCGCCUGCCGUAACUAUAAGAUGAACAGCGAGCUGCACGGCUACUGGGAACGCGGGCUCAUACUCAAGGUUGGCGAUGUGCUGGUCAAGAUAUCUCGUGAAGCGGCCUUCUUGGACGUGAUUGGUCGAUGCAAGAUUACCCACGGUUCAAAGCAGGCAUUGAACAUGACGUGGUACAACCUAGCGCAGUUUUUCUAUGUGGCCGACACGUUGUUGUCCAACUACUCAGGCCUGAGCCCAGAGAUCAUGGUUCCCAUCGAAGGCUGUAGUAGACCUAAGCACAAGUCCUUAUUUGAGCUCAUCAAGGAUUACAACGUAGAGCCAAGUCACCUUGCUAACUACCGCUGGUUCUUGCCUCCCGCCGGUCUAAAUGCAGAGGUACACACACAAAUACCGUCCGAUACAAGCUCCUGGCUCGCCACUAUCGCACGGAAGUCAACGAUGUUCGUCAGUUACCAUAGUGACCACCAGGACGAGAUCAAGCUUCUGCGCAUGAGCCUAGAACACUCGGGUUUUAACUGCGUCGGGGACUGGUCACUAGUCGGCCAGGGACAAGAUCUGACUGAGAAGAGACGGCAAAGCAUCAUGGGAUCAUCAAUUAUUCUGGCCUUCAUUUCGCCUAAUUAUUUGGAGUGGUCACGCGCUCAGCAGGACAUCAACACAGCUUUGGAAAAUAACAAACCUGUGAUAGCGUUACUAUUCGACAAAUCCAAUUGGACCGAAGUGUGUAACGAUACAGAUUUUGGCAAGCAGCUAUCGGGCCACGCAACGUGCUUGGACUUUGACGGCGGGUCAGGGAAGGCGCUGUCACACCAGUUCGACCAAGCUCAACUUUUACAGCUCAUAACUCACUGUAACGCAACGCUCUACGGAACAGGUGACAUUCACCCGCCAGAACCUCCAAGAAGCCCGGAGGUCACAGCUCAAGUUUCCCACGACAAGAGAGUAGAAUCAAUUCACGACUCUACUUUUUUGAGCGCCAAACCUGACGAAGACGUUGUAAAAUCAGAGCAGCAACACCAUCAAAAUCAGCAAGUACCAAGGGUAGAAGUUACCGUAGCGAGUGAAUCUAAAGAAAGCAUCGUGGAGUCGACGAAGGAUCAAGACGCAAAGAUUCGGGAAAUGGCGGCCAGCGCUGUCGCCGCCGCAGUAGCGGGAGCCACUGCGCAACACAUCUCCAAGAAGGAGACCUCGCCGGAGGCGAUCAAAGCCGCGGCAGCAGCAGCUGAAGUAGGACAAGCCGUCCUGGAUGGCGAUAGCGAUGCAGCAGCACAGGCAGUGGUCAAGGUAGCUAGGAUCGUGGAAGAGACGUCCAAAGGCAGCACACAGAACAAUAGGACGGUCCAGAAUGGGUCGGUGUCAAGUAGACCCCCACAGAGCUCUACGUGUACCAUACUGUAAUAUAUUCUUAUAGUCCAAAUACUUCAGAUUCAGUUACUAAAUGAAAAUUUGAAGAAAAAAAAAACGUUCGCUCUCAAGCCUCUCAAAGCUUUUUGGCGUACGAAUCUUCGUUUUCAAUAAUUAGUAUACUUUUCUCUUCUGUGGUUUUCUGGAACGUUUUGCAUAGCCUUCUUGUUGUAUCAUUUUAAUAUCCAGGUUUCAAGAAUAAACUGUGAAUAGGAUUUUAUUUGAUUUGGAGCGAAAAUUGGAUUCAAAAGUGGGCAACAAGCAAACUGUUUGCGAAGACUUCCUUGAGAUCGCUAUCGCGCUUUUAAUUUUAACUUUCACCUUUAGGUAUUCAUUUUGUACAUAAGCACACCAUUAUUUAUUAUAUAUCACAUCACCUAAGGCACUUAGUUGCAGGGGUUGACAGUGGGGAGGGGAAGGGGUGUCAUUUGCCUACUCUCAUGUCUAGUAUGGUGUUUACUUAUGUUUGUAGUUAUUGUUCUUUAUAUAAUGUUUGUUUGUAGUUAUUGUUCUUUAUAUAAUGUUUGUUUGUAGUUAUUGUUCUUUAUAUAAUGUAGUUAAUGUUCUUUACAUAAUGUUUGUUGUUUUUAUUGUAUUUACGUACGUUAGUUGUUAUUGUUAAUAUCUAGUUAACUCAUGUUUGUUGUUGUUGUUAAUGUGUUUACUUAUAUUUGUUAUUUUGGUAUUGUGUUUACUUAUUUUUGUUGUUGUUCUUGUUAUUGCGAGAGCUUAGCUUUUUAUUGUUGUUGUUUUUAUUCAACCUAGCUGCUUCAGUUUAUCAGGAAAGAAAGUAACCCAUCGAAGCUGUGUGAUUACAGCUUUAGCAAACUUCUUUAAUUAAUCAGACGUACGUGUCAAAGAUUGUUGUUUCUGUUCACAUUCUUCCACUUUUGGUAUUUUGGUCCUAGAAAGAUAAUCCGAACGCAACCGGAAAAACAAUCGAUAGAAUUUGAGUAAAAACGCUCACGAUGAAAAAAUUAGAGAAAUUGUAAAAAAUUUAAGGAUGAAAAGUUAUUCGAAGAGUUUAAUAUAUAUACAUUUACUAAUUUAUUGCAGAAAAAAAUACAAUCGCGUUAGUUUGUAUUCAUUCGAGAGUGUCCUGGCGAUUUCGGAUUCAGUUCGUAUUCAUUCGAGAGUAAUUUAUGUUGAUUGGCAAUGCCUAAAUAAUCACCUCUCGUCUCCCUAUCAGAAUGAUUCUAUUGGCUAUGACUUCAUUGGGUGAUAUCAAUGUGUACAUAGGGAAAUCCAAACUUUGAUCCAAACAAAUCAGUAAUAAAGAAGCAAUCACUAUAAA